GACGAUAUCUGGGCGUGUGUGAGUCGGUCUCUGAGCGAAAUCUAGACCGUACUCACGCUCUUGUCAAGUGUUAGUAAUAAUGCUGGACCCAGAUCAAUGAGACUUUAUUGUAACAAGUGAAAUGCAAAAAUGUGAUCUGUGCCUGUUGCUCCGCUGGGUAGGAGAGCAACUGUUGCCACCGCGCAGAUGACAGACUUCAUGACUGCGCUCCCGGUGGUCCUCGUCCAGCCCACAUGGCCCGGAGACCAGCGAGCGAAAGGCAUCCAGUACCAGUCGACCUGUAACCUGUGCAGAGAGAGCCACAAUACUCAGGUCUGGCUUUGUUUCUUAGUUCUGAGCUUCUUGAGUACAUCUACGUGUGCUGCUUCUGUGCAUGGUACAGCAGAUGUUCAGACUUGCUUGGAGAGGCUGAAACACACCAUUGAGAAAUCUGACGCUAUGCUGUAUGCUCCGUCAACCAAUGAAGUUAAAGAGAACUGUAAAAUUAUGUCACUCAGAUGUUACAUGUUGGAGUUGAUAAUGGUCAUCAAUGAAGAAGAAAUUGUGGAUCAUAAAGCAAAUUGCAUCUUUGAUUUCAAUGAAACACUGCCUUCUGACGCUAACUAUGAUGGCUGUCCACCAUGUGAAGCAUUCUCACUUAAAAAUAUUACAAUAUUCCUGGACAGACUAAGUAACCUUUUGAAAGAAAUGACUACGGUGGAAAACUCAUAACAUGUAAUAUGAUGUAAAUACUGUAAGCUACAAAUUUCUAUUUGUACAUAUUUGUAAAGAAUUGACAGGAUGACAGUACUACUAAUUGUCUGUGGUUGACUGUGCGGAUUACACAAUCUACCUUUAAGUUGUACAGUUUUGAAAGAUGUAUACAGUAGCAGCAUGUAUUGUACACUAUAUACAGAAUGUAUAUUAUUAAACUCACUGCUAAACACUAAUGAAUAUAAUACCUAAUAUACAGUAAAUGCCUAAUGAACUCCAGUAUCUUGAAAACAGUUGCUCACUCCAGUAAAAAAAUAUCCCAACUGUA